AUGGACAAUGAGACUCCCAGCAUUGCAGCCCUCGUUGGGAGCCUUCGCCGUAUUCUGAGCGGCGAUGAGGCAGCAGCAGCAGCAGCAGCAGCUGCUGCUGCUGCAGCAGCAGCGCCGGUCGCAGCACCAGCAGCAGUAACGACUAAUUUUCUGGAAGCACACGAUGGGCGUAGCCUCAGUGAACUGCAGCAGCAGCAGCAGCAGCAAGAGCAGCAGCAGAGGCUGGAACAACUGCAGCAACGGCGGCUGCGGCAGCGCCUGCAACAGCAGGUGCGACGUCAGCGGAGACGAGAGGAAAGACUGCAGCAGCAGCAGCAGCAGCAACAGCAACAGCAACAGCAGCAGCAACAACAGGAGCAGCAGGAGCUAGUGCAGCAAUGGCAACAGCAACAAAGACGCAGGCGGACUGAACAGCAGCAGCAGCAAGCGUCUGUGCGGAACCAGCUUCUUGAGCAGCAGCAGCAUCUGCUCCUGCAGCAGCAGCUGCAGCAACGGCAGCAGCAGGAGCGUGAGCAGCGAGAACAGCAACAGCAGCUUCUUGUACAGCAGCAGCAGCUCCUCCUGCAUCUGCAGCAGCAGUUAGCACAGCGACAGCAAAGCACCGGGCAGCGAAUGCAGCAGCAGCGGCAGCAACGGGAGGAGGAGGGAGAGCAAGAGCAGCAGCAGCAGCAGCAGCAGCAAUCCAUAGGGCCCCGAGAAAAGUUUCUUUUAGAGUUGGGGCUAGACCUGAAGUACACGAUGAAAGAAAGGACGGAAGCAGCUCAGCAGCUACAGCAGCAGCAGCUGCUGCAGCAGCAGCAGCAAAACCUGCACCAACGCCUUCUACAGCAGCUUGAGCGACUGCAGCAGCAGCGUUUGCUGCAGGAACAAUCCCUGCUACAGCAGCAGGAGACACUGCAGCAACAGGAGGCACUGCAGCAGCAGCAAAAACUGCAGCAGCAAGCACUUCUGCAGCAACAACAGCAGAACGAAUUAAGGCAGCAGCAGCAGCAGCAGCAGGAGGCAGUGCAGGAAGCAGCAGCAGCUCAACCACAGCCGAAUCAAACGGUAGAGAGGAAGGUUUUAUUAAUAAAGGCUAUGCUGCAGCAACAGCUGCAGCAGCAGCUGCAGCAGCAACUGCAGCAGCAGCUGCAGGGCAGUUCAUCGCAGCAGCUGCAGGCAACGGUGAAGGCUCCAACCCCCGAGGAGCAGCAGCAAGAGCAGCAGCCGCAUGAGGAUGUGGAGCAGCAGCAGCAGCAGCAGCAGCAAGAAUUGUCUCUGCAAGACAAGAUAGACGCCUUGGUGCAGCAGCGUGUGCUGCAGCAGAUGGUGCUGCCUACAGACAAUCCCAACAGCUGCAGCAUUACUUCUCGCUUUCUUCUUCGCAACCACAUAACUAUGACAGAAGAUAUACAGAGGGUUCAGGCCUAUCAACAAGCAUUAAAAAUUUACCUUAAGCCAACCCAGGGGGCCCCCCAGGGGGCCCCCCACAAAGGGGGCCCCCACGGGGCCUCCCCCAAAGGGGCCCUCCAAGGGGGCCCCCCUAAAGGGGGCCCCCAAGGGGCCUCCCGAAGGGGCCCCCAAGGGGCCUCACAAAGGGGCCCCCAGGGGGCCCCCCAAGACACCUGUCAAAGUGGCCCCCAAGACACCUGUCAAAGGGGCCCCCAGGGGGCCCCCGAGGGCCCCCUUGUGAUAGAAAUAGGGACGGGCCCCUUUGCUUUGCUGUCUAUAAAUGCAGCACGGGAGGGGGCAAGGCGUGCUGUUGCAUUUGAAGCUGAGCGCAGCAGCAGCACGAGCGCUUGCUGCUUUGUGAAGGCUUUAGGUUAUGAGCAGCAAAUCAAGGUGGUAUGUGCAUACACCACAGACGUCUCCCCAGCACACUUUAAGAAGCUCCUUAGACCCAAGCAGCGGCAGAAGGUGCUGCAGCAGCAGCAGCAGCUGCAGCAGGAACAGCUGCCGCAGCAGCAGCAGCAGGAUCAGCACCAGAAAAACGAGGAUAUGCGCACAGAGCGCUGCAGCAGCAGCAGCAGCAGCAACAACAACAAACGCAACUCAACCCGUACAGGAGCAGCAGAAGCAGCAGCAGAAGCAGCAGCAGAAGCAGCAGCAGCAGCAGGAGCAGGACAAGAGGAUUUAAGUGACGUGCUGCUGCUGCACGAGAUAAUAGGAGAUUUUGCGGGUAAUGAAGGAGCAGCAGAUGUGGUGCUGCACCUGCAGCAGAUGCUGCGGCUGCUGCAGCUGCAGCAAGGUGUGCAUACACCCCGUCUCCCUCGCUCUAUCCCAGUAGCAGCACGGACGCUGCUGCGGCCCUGCUGCUUCCCGCAGCAGCAGCAGCUGCCCUUCCCGCACCAUACAUUUACGCAGCGCAGCAGAGUGUCUCCAAGGAGGAGACUGCUGCAAGCAGUAGGUUUGCUGCAGCAGCCGCUGCUGCUAGCACACUCUGCUGCUGCUGUUACUGUGCUGCGGGGGCCCAACUCAGACCCCAGGGCGCGCACCAUUCAGAAGCAACAGCAGCAGCAGCAACAGCAACAGCAGCAGCAGCUGCUGCAGGUAAAGAAGGACGCAGCAGCAAAAGAAGAGACAGAAGAGACACAAGAGACAGAGGGCGGCGUCCCUCCUGUGUUUGAAGAGCUGCUGUUUGAACAGCCAAUGGAGCAGCAGCAGCAGCAGCAGAGACACCUCAAAUUUGUUGUUGCUCGUGAAGGCCUUUUCGCUGGCCUCUGCAUUACAAACGAAGUAGAACUCGCACCCGUAAGCAAACCUAAAGCAGCAGCAGCAGCAGCAGCAAGAGCAGCAGCAGACAGCAGCAGCAGCAACCACCAGAAGCAGCAGCAACACCAGCUACUCGGUGUGUUUGUUGGAACUGAGACCUGCCCGAGCAGCAGCAGCGACGAUGCAGCAGCAGCACGCUCAGUGCAGGGGACGUCUUGCUGGUUUAAGGGCAUAGUUUUGCUGCCGGAGGAGACACAUGUACGAAAAGGAGACAUCAUUCAUGUUGCUGCUGCAGUAGACCUUCAAAACUACGGCCCCGAGGCUGUGGGGCGUUCGCCGCCGAAGACACCUGGAGGGGGCCGUGGUUCGAGCAGCAGCAGCAGCAGCAGCAGCAGAAGCAGCAGAAGCAGCCGUUCUCUCUCCGAAAGGCUGUCUCCUGCUGGCAGCAGCAGCAGCAGCUUCAACCUUAAAGAAGAGCUGUCCCCAUCUGCAGCAGAAGAGCAAACAGAAGCCGCAGGCGAAGCUGAUGGAGACACAGCAGCAGUAGCAGCAGCAGCAGCAGGAACGCCUAAGGGGGCCGCUCCAGCAUCUGUGAAGGCUGAGGGCAACAGCAGCAGCAGGAACAGCAUCAGCAGCAGCAGCACAAGGCGCAGCAGCAGAUCGAACGAUAAAAAGGCGACAGAAAAAAACAAAGAGAAGCCUGCAAGCGCAACCCCAGGCUCCACAAGCAGCCAACCCAGCAGCAGAAGCAGCAAUAACAACAACGACAGCAGCAGCAGCAGCAGCAGCAGCAGCAGAUCCAUGCGCCUGAGGAGGGCCUGUCAUAACACAACGGGGCAGCAGGCGCUGCUGCGGGAGGGACCAAAGGAGACAGGAAAUAAGAAGCAGCAAAAAGGCAGCAACAGCAGCAGCAGCAGCAGCAGCAGCAGCGGUAGCAGUUCUCCCCCAGCUUUAGCUGAGAAGCAAGACACCAAAGCAGCAAAAGAUAUGUCUCAAGCAUCCGGCUGCAGCCCCAAGAAGCAGCGCAGCCGCAGCAGCAGCAGCAGCAGCAACAACAACAGCAGCAGCUCCAGCAACAACAGCGACACGAGCGCGAGCCCAAAGGACCCCAGCAGCAGCAGCAGCAGCAGCAAAAGGGGUAAGAGACAGGUUGAUGGCCCACAGGAGGCUGAAGGAAAAAAGAAGAGCAGAAAAAACAGCUGCGGAGACAGCACAGACGCCGCUGUCUCUGCAGCUUCUGCUGCUGCUGCUGCUGUUCAGCGUCACCUCAAGGAUCCCCCAAGCCGCGCAGCAGCAGCAGCAGCAGCAGCAGCAGCAGCAGCAUCAGCAGAUGCUGAGAGGGAGGAAGAUGCAGGGCGUAAGCGAGAAGCAGAGAUAGAAAGGCUGUCUUUGCUGCUGCAGCAGCAACACCGCUACUCGCGGCCUUCAUAUUGUUUUAAGAUUAGUGUAUAUAGAAGACAAGAAUUAAUUUCAACGGCUUUCAUUGAACUACCUAUUGAAGAGCAAUGCCCAAUGGCUCCCCCAGAGACAAGCAGCAGCAGAUAUACGCUUGAAGCAGCAGCAGCAUCUGCUGCUGCAGGGGACAAAAGCAGCAGCAGCAGCAGCUGCUUCUGCUGA